AUGGCCGAGGCCGAGGCACAGGCGCCAAACCCCUGCAGCAUCUGCCUGGAACCCAUGGCGCCCUCGGAGGCGCAGCGCGGCGGCAGCAGCUGCGCGCACGCGUUUUGCCGAUCGUGCCUGGAGGGCCACGUCCGCGCAAAGGUCGAGUCCGGCCGCGCCGCCAACGUGGGAUGCCUCGACGCGACAUGCGCCGGCAAGCUGGACCCAGAGCUUUGCCGCGCCGCCCUCCCCGGCGACGUGUUCGAGCGGUGGUGCGCCGCGCUGUGCGAGUCCAUAUUCGUCGGCGCGCGUCGAACGUACUGCCCUUUCCCGGACUGCUCCGAGAUGAUGGUGGCCGACGACGACGGUGAGCGCGUGACGCAGACGGAGUGCCAGGUGUGCAGGCGGCUCUUCUGCGCCCAGUGCGGCGUCGCGUGGCACGCCGGCGCCGACUGCGCGGCGUACAAGCAUCUCGGCAGGGUGGACACGGCCAGGGAGGACAUGAUGGUGAUGGAGAUGGCCAAGGGGAAGAGCUGGAAGAGGUGCCCCAGGUGCCAGUUCUUCGUGGAGAAAACCGAUGGCUACUUGCACAUUACCUGCAGGUGCGGCAAUGAGUUCUGCUACGGAUGUGGCAUGCAGUGGGCUAGUCAUUCCGGGUGCACCAUGUAG